AUGGCUAAUGAAUCUGAUAAGGAACCUGUGAGGUUGUCAUUUUCUUAUUUUGAAGGGGAAGAAGAAUCUGGUGGUGGUCAUGCUUAUGGAAGGGAAAACUCUAAAGACGUAGGUUCUAGAGGAAAAACUUCUAAAUAUGAUCAAAUUUGUGAUGGUAAUCACGACUCUGAAGGCGGACCUUAUGAAGGAGGAACUUCUAAAGGUAGUCCAGCCUCUGAUGGUGGUCAUGAUUGUAAAUGUGGGACUUCUGAAGGCAGAGCGUCUGAAGGCGGUGCAUCUUUUAAAGGCGAUUCUGAAGAUGAGUCAGAAUCUGAGGUUUCGAAAGAAGAGUCAGAGUUAGAAGAUGACUCUGAAGCUGAAGACAAGUCAGAAUUCGAAGGUGAUUCUGGGUCUGAAGAAGAAUCAAAAGAUGAGUUAGAAUCUCAAGGAGAUUCUGCUUCUGAAGAUUUUGAUGAUGAUCAAGAAUUUGGUGGUGGUCAUGCUUCUGGAAGGGAAAACUCUAAAUACGUAGGUUCUAGAGGAAAAGCUUCUAAAGAUGAUCAAAUUUGUGAUGGUAAUCACGACUCUGAAGGCGGACCUUAUGAAAGAGGAACUUCUAAAGGUAGUCCAGCCUCUGAUGGUAGUCAUGAUUCUAAAGGUGGAACUUCUGAAGGCAGAGCUUCUGAAUAA